GAGGAGGGGUGGAGGAUUACACGGAGACAAGCAGUCCCAUCCAGCACAUAGACGCCCCCCACCGCCACCUUUAACAUCAUCAUCCUCACCCGGACGCCGCGGAUAUUUCCCGGGGGAGAAACGCGGUCGCCACUGGAGCCUCCGUGGGGCUCCACGCUACGGUCUGUGUGCCUCCUCUUCCCACCACGAGGUGGCUACACCAGACUGGGACCGAUGAUCACGAGGGUCCCCCUCCACCUCCUUUCAGCCAAUCCUGGAGGGUCCGCAGAGUGGAUGUCUCAGAGGUGGAGUGGAUGUUUGUGUUGUGGCGUCCUGAAGAGGCAAGCUUCAUCGCGAUAAAUGGAGGAGAAGGAGCGAUGUCGGAGCAGGUCUCCAGCGCGGAGGGCAAGCAGAGUGCAGCAGGUGGUGGGAACCAUAAUACGUCGCACCAGAGAAUCACUGAGCAGGGAGCGGUUGCUAGGAGACGGGAGGUCGCAACGCUCCAACAGCCUGUCCAAUCAGAAUUACCAAGCCAAGCUGUCCCUGCAGAUUACCAGGGAUCCUGUUCUGGACCGCAGUACCGGACACGGCUUCAUCCUCACCACAAACCCGCCCCUGCAGGUCAGGGAUGUGGCCACAGGGAGUCCUGCAGAUGGCAUCCUCUACCCUGGGGACCAGGUGUUGCAGAUUAAUGAUACAACGUUGGAGGAUUUGAGCGCUGAUCAGAUAGAAAGCAUCUUAAGGGACCUGGAGGAUUGUAUAACUGUGACUAUCCUCCGGCACAUGACUAAUCCCAAAUCAUCUAUCAUGUCAGCAGAGAAGAGAGCUCGUCUGAGGAGUAAUCCAGUUAAAGUGCGCUUUGCAGAAGAGGUAGUGGUCAAUGGGCACACUCAGGGAAACUCUCUUCUCUUCCUGCCCAACGUUCUAAAAGUUUAUUUAGAGAACGGACAGACCAAGGCCUUCAAGUUCGACCACACUACUACUGUUAAGGAUAUUGUUCUGACUCUGAAGGAUAAACUCUCCAUCCGGGCCAUCGAGUACUUUGCCCUGGUUCUGGAGCAACAGUACAGCAUCACCAAGCUUCUGCUGCUGCAUGAAGACGAGCUUAUUCAGAGGGUGGUGCAGAAAAAGGACUCCCAUGAUUAUAGAUGUCUGUUCCGAGUGUGUUUCAUUCCAAGAGAUCCUAUGGAGCUGCAGCAGGAUGACUCCUUUGCCUUUGAGUACCUCUUUUUACAGAGUGUUGGCGACGUACUACAGGAGCGCUUUGCUGUUGAGAUGAAGUGUAACACUGCACUUCGUCUCGCUGCCCUGCACAUGCACGAGAGACUGGACAGCUGCGGACUGACCAGGACUUCCAUUAAAGCCAUUACGAAAGAGUUUGGCCUCGACAGCUUCAUUUCUCCAACGCUGUUGAGCAAUAUGAGGGAGAAGGACCUGCGGAAAGCCAUCAGCUACCACCUCAAAAAGAUCCAGUCCCUGCUUGAGCCACGGCAGAAGGUAAUAUCUGCUUCCCAGGCUCGGCUAGCGUACCUCACUCAGCUGGGAGAGCUCAUCUCAUAUGGGGGGAGAUCCUACUCGGCUACGAUGAUGCUUCAGGAGAGGGAGGUGUUGGUCAGCCUGUUAGUGGGAGCCAAGUAUGGGAUGAGUCAGGUCAUCAACCACAAGCUCAACGUGAUCUCCACACUGGUGGAGUUCAGCAGCAUCAGCCGCGUGGAGUUGCUCUCCGAGUCGGACAAAGUCAGUCUACUGCGCAUCUCGCUGCACGACAUGAAGCCCUUCGCCUUACUGAUGGACUCUCUGGCAGCCAAAGACCUAGCAUGUCUGCUGGGAGGCUACUGCAAACUCCUGGUGGACCCCUGCCUCAGUGUCUUCCGUAUGGGGCGCCCCAAAGUGAGGGUGCACCGUAUUCCAGCUGAAGAAGGUGUGUGUGGGAAGUUGGCCGUAGUAGAGGGCGUGUGCUAUGAAUCCCUAUCAAGAUACGUGUCCCGCUGCUGUAGUGACUUGGAUGACUCAACCGACGAGGACGACCCGAUGGACUCGCAGAAUUACAAACACCCUGACCCAGCAAGUCAAGACUGGGAGGAGAGACGGCGAGAGGAGCAGGAAAAGAGGAGAGAAGAGGAUAGGAAAGAGAGAGAGGAGCACAAAGGCAAGCAGGAAGUGAAGAUAAUUGUGACAACGGAUGGUCAGGACUACGAGGGAGAAGAGGACGGAGGUGCAACUGGAAGUGGUCUGCGUAAAUUGAGUGUGAUGGACGAGGAAAUGAAUUUAAAGACCACCUGGUAUCACACUGAUCCACGGGUUACCAGCAGCUUUUCCAGCUUGUCCAGCAGCUCGUUGAGUGCUGCCCUCGAUGAGAAAAGCCCUCAUUGUCUGGAUGCAUCACAACCUUCAGAUGCUCACCAACCCUAUCUGCUGGAACCAAAACUCUACCAAGGCCCGUCACGACCGACCAAUCUCAACUACAGGGCCAAUGACAACGCUUGUCUCUGCUUUGCUGAUCUCUCUAAAGCCAAUUUCCUCUCAAGCCCGUCUGGGGCUACGAGUGAUGAUGAUGAGGACGAGGAGGAUGAGGAGGAAGAGCAGGGAAGGGAGGUACUGAGACGCAUUUCUAAGAUCCCCAGUUCGAGAGAUCUCCGAAUGAUUGACAGCACGCCUUUUGACACAACGCUUAUUAAACGAAAGAAGAAAACCCCUCCCAAAGUCCCGGUGAGAACCAGUUCCAUUCCAGGCCACAAAGCACGACAGGCAGAGCAGCGCCUCUCCAAGGAUGAAGAGUGUCUCUUCCAAACUCCUUCCCCCAACCUCAAAACAGAUCUCUCGGUCAAAGAGAAUGCAUCCGAGUCGGAUGAAGAGUUUUUUGAUGCACAGGAGAGAUUCACUCCUCCAGUUCCUGAUCUUUCAGACGUAGAGCUGGCCGACCGGCGGAAUGCUAACCGGUUGAGCGGAACGUGGAAUUCUCUUCCAGCUGCCACGGGAAAAGAGCCAUCCUCACCCCUUUCCAAAAAGAUGCAAACUUGUAAAAUCAAGAAAGAGGAUGUAAAAGGUCCCACAAAUAUAGUUAACAACCUUGUCGGCAAAACAAAAGCUGCUGAGAAACACGACGUUAAAUCCAAACCACCAUUAGCACCUAAACCCCAGCUGCCUCCCAAGCCUCAGAUUAUACCACCCAAGUCUCCAAAGCAUGGGAAAUCAUACGCCCACUGCAAUGGGGACACCUCUGGACAUAUGUCUUCCAACCUCUUGGAGAUGGAGCCAGACACUAUGGAGUUCAAGUCGGUCACAUACGGGACGGGUGGGUUACCUCUGAUCACAGCAGUGCGAUGUAGCAAGCAGCCAUUACCCAGCACUGCGCUACAAACUGAGGAAAACGGGAGACCGCCAAAUGAGAAUGGAGGACAUGGGAUCCCUGCAAAAACGCCACCAAAUGUACCCGCUAUCCCUCGCUCUAAUUCCGGUACAAAGUUGUCUACCCCUCCUCCAGUACCACCUAAACCUACUUCUCCAAAGAUUUUCCACCCUUUAUCAUUACCCGCUAGCUCUCCAGUCUCCCCAACGGAUCCGAACAAAGGCGUCUUUACAGACAGCACAAGUCCAGCAAAUGGGAUUCACCCUUGGAGCAGCCGCAAUGGCAGCGUCCAGUCGGGUCCCAGGAGGGUCUCUGUGAGCCACGAAAGUCUGUCACCCAAAAACACAGAAACAUCAAUUGCCACUUCGCUCACCUCAAGCAACUCCAAAGGCCAGGCGAGUAGAGAAGAGCACAGAUUGGGGUCUGGCUCAGAUCUGAGGUGCAGCUCUUCCAGCCUUGGAGGCCGGCUGCCAGCCUCUGCCCUGAGAGGGAAGAUCCAGGCUCUUCCUUGGUACAUGACUCGCUCCCAGGAGAUUUUGGGGACCCUGGACUAUCCCUCCACCAGCUCUAUAAACGGAGACACAUCUGGGUUUGGCUCUGGUUUGUCAGUAGCAAGCGGUAUGUCCGACAUAAACAAGACCCCUGUGAAAGACAAAGAAACAGUGGCCUCAAAAUCAGGCGGUAGAGGGAAUAUAUUAGAGGAUGGAGCUGAGGUUGUCAUAGCAACCAUUAAGGAGGCUGAGGAAUUGAGCUCAUACUUGAGAAAGGUCAACGGGACCAACGGAUCACAUCCUAAUCUGAAUUUCCCAGGGAACAGUUCGCAAAGUGUUUCAUCUGAACAGCCUCAGUCGCGGUGCCACUCGGCAGUUGGAAUGGGGGGCAUUUCGAACAUGCAGCUCGGGGGAGACUCGCCGACACCUUCCCUCGAGGACGGCACCCCUCCGCAGCAUCAGCGGGAAGCCUGUGGCUGCCGUACCGUCUACGCCAACUGCUUCAGCGGCGACACUGAGGAUGGUAUCAGCUUCGACGAGGAGUUGACCGUCUACGAGUUCUCCCGUCGCACGCGUCCAAAGACGGCGAGACCCCCUCCCGUCCCUUCACCCACCAUACCCCCUCCGAAUCCCAAUAUCUUGUCUCUGCUAAAGGACAACCCUCGCCCGCUGUCUACCUUCUCCACUGCCUCCUCUGAGCUCAGUCCCUUAGUCUCGUGUCCUGUGUCUCCCACAACCUCGCUUGGGGGUCCUCUUCGCUCCCUCACCAACAAGAACUACGGCGGCCUGAAAGGAGGUUUUGCCUCCCUGCGACAUGAUAUAGAUCAGCUUUUGUUGGUCUUAGAGAGGGCGCUACCCGAGCACACAAACAAGAUGGAGGCCGACCAGAAUCACAACGGAUCUGAUGGCAACAGUACGGAAACAUGUUGCAUGGGAUCGAGCCCCACCAGCAUGACGGAGGCUGAGAGGACUCUUCUCCAAGCGGAGGCUCGACGCCUGGCGUCCGGGUGUCAGCGGGCCACUCGUGUAGGCUGGGCUCCUGACGAAGCCCUGCGGUCUUUAUCUAACAGCUUCGGCGCGUUGGUUCAGCUCUCAGCAGCUUGCAUGCGAACCAGUCCUUGCCCUGGUUGCGACAGCUGCCGUAACACAAGCUUGCUUCUCACGAGGGACCAGGGCGACGACAACCAGGAGCCCAUGGACAAGUUGAAAGAAAUCGUGGCUCUGUACCGUGAGUUCGUUGGGGCUGUGGAGACAGCCGGAACUGGGGGUAGGAGCGUGGGCCUAAACGGGUCUGGACAGAGCCAAGGAGAAGGUGACGGCGUGAGGCUGCUGGCCAAACGCUGCACUGUACUUAUUUCGUCCGUGUUUGCGCUCACACAACUCUUCCGGACGCCCACAUUCGUCGCCCCUGAUACUCCCAGUGGUGUACCUCUCAACUUUUAAGCUCGUGACAGACUGUUAACUUCAGAGGUGCGAGAGGAGUUAUGCGGAUCGUUUGUACAGUAAGUGCCAUGCACAGCACUUGACACAUACUGUAUCUACAUAACCCCGCCCACAAAACCCAAAAUGACAGAGGAAACUUUGCCCGGCCUCUUUGUAGAUGCAUAUGUACUAUGCAUUUGUACAUAGGAGUUUUAUAACUCUUAUAUUUCCCUUAUUUUAUUACGAUAUGUAUGUAAGGAUGGAUUGCCCGUGUAUGUAUUUAUGUAUUUAUUUUUUACAACAUUUGCACCGUGGUUAGAAAAAAAAGAAAAAAAUCUUUGGAUGUCACUGGAAUUUUCAUUUUUCCUUGUCUUGAAGACAGUAUUAUACAGGUAAAAGCCAGUAAAUUAGAAUAUUUUGAAAAACUUGAUUUAUUUCAGUAAUUGCAUUCAAAAGGUGUAACUUGUACAUUAUAUUUAUUCAUUGCACACAGACUGAUGCAUUCAAAUGUUUAUUUCAUUUAAUUGUGAUGAUUUGAAGUGGCAACAAAUGAAAAUCCAAAAUUCCGUGUGUC